AGGUCAAGUUGGGAGCUUCCAGAUCUACUGGAUGGUAAAAUCCAGGCCAUCAGCGACUCCGAUGGGGUGAACUAUCCCUGGUAUGGAAACACGACAGAAACCUGCACCAUCGUGGGUCCCACCAAGAAGGAGUCCAAGUUCAACAUCAGCAUGAACGACAACUUUUACCCGAGUGUGACGUGGGCAGUGCCCGUCAGCGAGAGCAACGUGGCCAAACUCACAAGCAUUCACCGGGAUCAAAGCUUCACCACCUGGCUGGUUGCAACCAACACGGCUACCAACGAAAUGGUGACCUUGCAGACUAUCAAAUGGCGCAUGAGGCUGGGCAUCGAGGUAAACCCCAGCAGACCCUUGGGGCAGCGUGCCAAGCUGCAGGAGCCCUCUGCUCAAGAGCAGCCCCAGGUCCUUAGCAAGAAUGAGCCAAUACCACCCAGUGCCCUUGUCAAACCCAAUGCCAAUGAUGCUCAGGUACUCAUGUGGAGGCCAAAGGAUGGACCACCACUUGUGGUGAUACCUCCAAAACAUCGAUAAUACAAACCUGGCGUCCCGGCACCAAAAGGGAGAGAAAAACAAACAAACAAACAAAAAAACAAUCCGAAGCAAAACAAUCACUUAGGUAUUAGAACACACGCGUAUAAUCUGAGCAAAAUCAAAAUGCACUUUUUAUUCAUUCAACAAAUGCAACCAUUCUACCUUCUCCCAUCGGGACGGAUUUCACUGUGCUAAAGCUAAAGAGGAGACCUUUGACUGGGGUCUGUCUCAUCACCGGAUUCCUAAGGGAAGAAAUUAACACUGAUGUCUACCCGUAGAGCUUUUUUUUUUUUCUUCCCUACUUUAGUUAUUUGAACUUUAGUCUCAUUAGCUUGUCCAGACUGCCCAGAACAACACAAACAUUUUAUUUGGGAUUUUAAAAGUUGGGUGGUUUUUUUUCUUUUUGGUUGAGAACAAAACAAGAUCCUGGAGCAAAAAGUUGACUAUUUAAGAUAAGGAUAUAUUUUUUUUGAAGCUGUAAGGUUCUGAGUUGCAAAUCCAAGUCAUGCGGCCUUAUGUAGACUUUGCUUUGCAUUGCCAAACUUUUGCCUUAAAGCUAUGUUUGAAAAAAAAAAAAUAUAAAACCCAACAAAACCACCACCAGGCAGAAUGUCCUUUCUACAGAAUUUUUAGGAGAAAGUUUUGGAACAAGGCAUAGAUUGUCAGUGUGUCAUGGGCUGAUGGAUGAGAAGGGCACCAAAUGGGAAGAAGAAAAUCUUCCUGGUUUUAAAACCUGGAACAAGGAAGCGUGGAAACAAUCUCAGUUUCAAAGCAAUGCAAAUAACAACCCUGCUGUAGGAUGUCUGGAGCGGGAGCUCCUGGGCCAUCUCCCUGCUUUGCAGAAGGGGGUAGCGAGCAAGCUUGCGCUGCUUACACUGGGUGAUCCCAGCCUCCCGUUAGCACUGUGGGAUAGUCUCACAGCUGGAAUCGUGGCCCUGGGAGUCAGCAUAAACGGAGAGGUGGGGAUGGGUUUGUCUUUAGGACAGGCAGGUGUUUGCCCUGCCAUCCCCAGCCUCACCUCCUGCUGGCGUCAGAGCCGGCGCCCGCGCCCCGGCUGGCGGGGGAAGCUCUGUUGCCCCGUUUCCCAUGAAGUCCAAACGAUGGUGCUGUAAGAGCAGCAGAAUAUAAAAGGGAUCCUACUGAAGUCACUGGAGAUGCAUGGGUGUCAGCGAGGGCAGAUCUCACCUACCAAGUCUACCCAGCAAUAUCCGUAAUUCAGGAACAGCCAUGUCAGAAAAUAACAGGCACCCGUUCCUAGCAAACACUGGAAGCAAAAGCUAUGAAAACCUCUUCUUCCCAUGAAAAAAAAAUCAUGUUGGGGUUAGUAGAUGAUUUUCUUCCAAAUGACCUCACGAUCUACACGACCGGCAGGACCAUGACACCGAGCCUGUCCGGCCAUGGCACCAACACCUACGUAUCGAGGGGUAACGCGUGAGAAGGUGCAAGGGCAGCCCCCCACCCUUGGGUGUAGGUCCUCCAGGGAGGACAGGGCGCCCGGGGCAGGAGGUGGAACCAGUAGGAUUUAACAAGGCCCGGAUGGGUUCAGCUACGAGCAGCGGCGGUUCUGCGGGGGGAGGCGGCACGGAGGCGCCGUUUGCGACGAGGGGCAGGUUUGCAGGCAGAGAAGGUUCUGCAGCAGAGGUGGCAUCUGGGCUGGCAUGCAGUCCGGGGUGGCAGGACUGGGAGCGGAGGAUCUGCUUCCUUCCAGCACAUGGCCUGGGGCAGAUCCCUUCCCCUUCCCCCUGCAGCUCUUUCCCCUAGAUAACGUUUCUUCCCCUGGUUAACAGUUUGCCUCAAGAGGUAGGGCUGGGAGAGCUGGGCGUGCCAGGUACAAGCCUGGCCCUGCUGAGCCGGCCCGAGCAGGUCUCACGGCCGCACACCCGAAGCUCACUCUCCCCUCCGAGAGGCACCACCUGGCUGCUGUCGCCAGCUGCACCUUCCACGCAGGACGUUACCGGCAGGAAAUCCUCCUUCCCCACUUCUCCAGAGCCACACCAUCAACUUCUACAACGGGUUCACCACAACCACCUGGGGCAAGCACGCCCAGAAGAUAUGCCCCUGCCCCCGUGACAGUCUCAAACCAGCAAACAAGCAGCCUUGGUCCCUGCAACUAUAACCCCCUUCCCAGGGGAGACCGCCUGCCUGCACGCACCGGUUUGCAGAGAUGCUCGGCCAUGGAGCUGCUCUCUUCAACGGGCAGAGAGAUCUCGGAGGUGGGAAGCCCAGCAUUACCAGCAGCCUGCAAACACACAGACUGGAUCAACCCCAAAUCCAUGAGCCAAAGGUUGCCUGAAUCUAGGCUUUGGGACUAUAAAGGAUGAAGCUAGGGAGACUUUGACUUGCACAGUCACCCUCUGUAUUAAAAUCCAUUUUCUUAGCUGGAUUCAGAUCCUAACUAUAGCUCUACUGGCACAGCCCUUUGGGACUUGUCUGUAUUUUCUCCUAGGCAAUACAUGCAGAAGAGGACAAAAUGUGAGCUGCGGGUGAAUAGCUGUUAACGCUUGCACGCAUCUCGGCUGCCACUUAGAUGCUCUUCUGGGCAGCCCCGUGGGCGGGAGCAGCAGGGGUAUUUAUGUCUGGUAUUCACUUUGUCUCCAGGUGCUGAGUACUUACAGUUCUCACUGAUGUCAGCAUGGGUCAAAAAAAUCAGACCCAGUUGUCUUAAUUAGCUGCAUGAAGGAAUUCCAAGGAAAGAUUUCUUCUCAGUCACCAAAAACCACAUUCAGGGAACACCUACGUCCUUUUCCACUUAGCUUUGUGUUGGACUUAGUCUCCCAGUGCAUUAAGUCAAUCUGGUUCCUCCUGCUCCCUCUACCUGGUGGACUGGAUGCAUCCAUGCAAUUUGAUAGUAACCUCCCGGCUAAUUCGUCCUGUUGCACUGAACAGACCCAGCUAAGCAGUAAACACAAAAUUUAAAUUUCACGUUGGGGUCGGCUUUGCAUGGACUUCUCCCUUCCCAAAGAAUGCCUUUAUCCCGUGCCUAGGUUGAAACGUGCCCCUCCACCUCCAUUCGCAUCACCAGACACAGCAGAGAAAAGUGAUGCUGCCUCUUCUGAGAUUUCAUGUGUUGUAAUUAAAUGUGAUGUUUUUCCAA